UUAUCCUUUAAUGCAGGGAUUCCAAAUACCUCCUUAGAGAAGUACAGAUGCACAACAUGGGAUCGUGGUUAUCUCUACAAGACUACACACACCUCUCACUGAGGUAUCUCACAGCCUCAGUUGGCAGUGGAGCAGAUAUGAUGCCGUGCACACUUGCUGCAUCUUUCUUGUGAACACAAACGUGCAGCUGCACGCAGACACAGGGAGCAGGAGCAGGGAUGUGUGCGGCGCUCUGCUCCACUCUGUUUGUGGGGCUCAGUAUGCAGAGAGAGGGGGAUGCAGCAGCUACCACUGACUCUUCCCCCUCCACUCUUCAUCCAUCUGCCCCCUUCUUGCCAUCUGCCCUCCCCAUAUCCAGUCAUUCCAUUAACUUGCCACCCUCCCUCAACUCCUCACCUGCCUCUCUCUCGUUCGCAGUGGUUCCUCAGUGCGGACCGGGAGCCGUCCUACCUUCAUCUGCCGUGCAGGAUGUGAGGGAAGCAGUCGGGUCUUCAGGAUGGUAGCAGGGUGUGCGGGCGUGUCCGAGGACAGCAGCAGCAGACAGCAGCAGUCAUGGAGGUGGAGGGCACUGCAGAACCAGCCUUCGUGGACGUGGACCAGGGCCUGACUCUGGCCUGCAUCGCCUUCCUUUGCCUGCUGCUGGUGGCCAUGAUCAUCCGCUGUGCAAAGGUCAUCAUGGACCCAUACAGCGCAAUCCCCACCUCCACGUGGGAGGAACAGCACCUGGAUGACUGACACACUCAAGCAUACAUAUACAUGUAUAUAUAUGUGUGUUCCUCCAGGCAACCACACAUGAAACAUCAGCACAAGGAUGGAGAGUUCUGUAGUGAGGCAGGGGUUCUGUUUGAGAUGACUCCCUGAUGCAUUUCAUUUCCAAAAUUUCAUAAAUAAUGAACUAAACAAAUAAACAUGUUCUUCAGUUGUAGAAUUUUAGAGCUUUUCAGUUAUUCUCAAAAGACGAAGAAGUUUGUCUUUUGCUUGAAUGCAUAUUAUAAAAUGGUUCUGUUGUGCCAAGAACCAUGCUGAUACUUUCUCAGAUCUAAAGAUCUCUCUGAGGAUAUCUUUAUCAACACAUGGCGCAAGUAGUAGGAGAAAGAACAUUUGGAGCUUCUGUCUGCAGAAUUGAUGGAGCAUUGAUGAAGUGACACUAGUACAACAGAGUAAAGCACAUAGACUUGGCUUUUUGUAUCUACCUAGAGAUGUCUUCAGGAGCCCCAGGGUGGCCUUACACAUUCCUGUUGGACAAACAAACACAAUCAGUAAUGGCAAGCCGGGCCCCGUCCUUGAUCGCACUUUCCCUUUACAUCUGUACAGACUGGACUGACAAAUUAUCAAAUCUUGUAAAGUUCUGAGGCUUGUUCUUACAGCUUACACACAAUUGGUCCAUAUGGAGAGAAACCUAUCAUGACAAAAUCCUCAUCCGUAAAUUGUUGGUAUAACUUGUUAGCUCAACUUUAAGUUUAUUACAACCUGGUUCAUCGUAGUCUUGGUUUUUCAUUUAGCUCCGUAGUAUAC